AUGUAAAACAGACUUAACAAAGAAUUGCAAGAUUUGACUUAAACAAGUCCUCUUCAUGGUGUUUAGAUCACUGCUGAUGCUAAUAACAGAUUAUUAUGGACAGCCGUAGUUGCAGGCCCAGAAGGCACAGCUUAUUAAGGAGGCAAGUUCAAAUUGUCCAUUACAUUCCCAGAGAACUAUCCUUUCAAAGCCCCCUAAUUUUUAUUUACAACAAAAAUUUUCCAUCCCAAUAUUACAGAGAAGGGUGAGUUUUGUGAAGAUAUGAUUGAGACCAAAGAUUAAUGGCAACCAACUAAAACUGUUAAAUAAGUCUUAGAGAAAAUCCUAAACAUCAUGGGAUAAGUUAAUACUGAAUAAGCACUAAACCAAAAAGCAAUGGAGUUAUAUAAAAGUGAUAAAGGAAAGUUUGAAGAAGCAGUAAGAUCAGAAACCUAAAAAUACGCUUAAUGAUGAGCAUUAGUAACAUAUAUUAACAAUUAUAUCUUGCUUUA